CGGGGCGGCGCCCCGAGCCCGGGCCCCGCGCGGCCCGCGCCCCCGGCCCCCGCUGAGCCCCGGGGCCCCGCCGCGGCCGAGGCCAUGUUCCCCGUGUUCCCUUGCACGCUGCUGGCCCCCCCCUUCCCCGUGCUGGGCCUGGACUCCCGGGUGGGCGGCCUCAUGAACUCCUUCCCGCCACCUCAGGGUCACGCCCAGAACCCCCUGCAGGUCGGGGCUGAGCUCCAGUCCCGCUUCUUUGCCUCCCAGGGCUGCGCCCAGAGUCCAUUCCAGGUGAGCCGCGCCGGCGCCCCGCCCACGCCGCAGGCCCCGUCGGCCGAGCCGCUCCAGGUGGACCUGCUCCCGGUGCUCGCCGCGGCCCAGGAGUCCGCCGCCGCCGCUGCGGCCGCUGCCGCCGCCGCCGCUGUGGUCACCGCACCCCCGGCCGCCGCCGCCGCCUCUACGGUGGACACAGCGGCCCUGAAGCAGCCGCCAGCGCCGCCGCCGCCGCCCCCGCCCGUGUCGGCGCCCGCCGCCGAGGCCGCGCCCCCCGCCGCCGCCGCCACCAUCGCCGCCGCGGCCACCGCCGUCGUCGCCCCGACGUCGACGGUCGCUGUGGCCCCCGUCGCGUCCGCUUUGGAGAAGAAGACAAAGAGCAAGGGGCCCUACAUCUGCGCCCUGUGCGCCAAGGAGUUCAAGAACGGCUACAAUCUCCGUCGGCACGAGGCCAUCCACACGGGCGCCAAGGCCGGCCGCGUCCCCGCGGGCGCCAUGAAGAUGCCCACCAUGGUGCCCCUGAGCCUGCUGAGCGUGCCCCAGCUGAGUGGCGCCGCCGGGGGCGGGCCCGAGGCGGGCGCGGGCGGCGGCUCGGCCGCGGUGGCCGCCGGCGGCGUCGUGACCACCACCGCCUCGGGCAAGCGCAUCCGCAAGAACCACGCCUGCGAGAUGUGCGGCAAGGCUUUCCGCGACGUCUACCACCUGAACCGGCACAAGCUGUCGCACUCGGACGAGAAGCCCUACCAGUGCCCCGUGUGCCAGCAGCGCUUCAAGCGCAAGGACCGCAUGAGCUACCACGUGCGCUCACAUGACGGCGCUGUGCACAAGCCCUACAACUGCUCCCACUGUGGCAAGAGCUUCUCCCGGCCGGAUCACCUCAACAGUCACGUCAGACAAGUGCACUCAACAGAACGGCCCUUCAAAUGUGAGAAAUGUGAGGCAGCUUUUGCUACGAAGGAUCGACUCCGGGCGCACACAGUACGACACGAGGAGAAGGUGCCAUGUCACGUGUGUGGCAAGAUGCUGAGCUCGGCUUAUAUUUCGGACCACAUGAAGGUGCACAGCCAGGGCCCUCACCAUGUCUGUGAGCUCUGCAACAAAGGCUUCACCACGGCAGCAUACCUGCGCAUCCACGCGGUGAAGGACCACGGGCUCCAGGCCCCGCGGGCUGACCGCAUCCUGUGCAAACUGUGCAGCGUGCACUGCAAGACCCCUGCCCAGCUGGCCGGCCACAUGCAGACCCAUCUGGGGGGGGCCGCCCCCCCUGUCCCGGGUGAUGCCCCCCAGCCACAGCCCACCUGCUGAGGGGGACCCCUGCACCCACCAGGUACUGGUGAGGUUUGUCCUAUGGCAGCAGCAGCAGCGCAGCGGCAGCAGCAGCGGCAGCGGCAGUCGCAGCCCCUCCCACAGCUGUGGGCUCCCUCCCUGGGGCCGAGGGGGUGCCAGUGAGCUCUCAGCCACUUCCCUCCCAGCCCUGGUGAGCUCCAAGUUGGUGGGGGAGAAGGGAGAGUGGAGGAAAACCCCUUGGUACAGUCUCCUCCCCUCUCUUCCCACCAACUCCUCACUAUUACCCACCAACCAAGGAGCCUCCAGAAGGAAAGGAGGAAGAAAUGUUCUUAGGGGAAUUCUCUAGGUUUUAACUAUGUUUCUCCUGCUCCUCUUUACUCCCUGUCAGAGCUGACCCUACACACACCUGUCCCCUCAGUUGUGUUGAAGUCCCCUGGACAGUGGGCAGGGGUGGCAGAGGAAAGGAGCAGCCACUGCCCUCACCCCUCUCCUCUCUGCAACCCCCUGCCCUUCCCUCCUAGGGAUUUGUGAGCCUUUUCCUUCAGUGGUCCUUCUCUUCUUCCAGCCCUCUCCCUCUACUGUCUGCUGCCCCUCCCUGGGGAGUUGGUGCUUUCUUUUUGUUGUUGGUUUUUUUUUUUGUUUGUUUGUUUUUUUUUCUCCCAGGGGGAGGGAGGAGAGGAAGGAGGGGAAUCAAAGAUUCUGUCCCAGAGAGGGAUAUGUGGAGAUUUGAGAAGGGGCAGAAGCAGGGAAAGCAUUAAGUUGUACUUUCAAUAAGAUAGGGUUGUUGGGGUUAGACCCUAAAUAUCAUCCUACUUGAAACUCUGUCAGGGGAAAAAAGUCAAAGAAGGGGAGCAAAAGGAGCCACUGAGGGCCAGAGGCAGAACAAGAGAUGGAAUCUUAGGGGGCCAGGGUAAGGGAGGGGAACCAGGGACUAGAGGUGCUUCCUGGGAGCGGGGGAAUGCAGCCACAGUGUCUCCCCCUUCCCUCUUCCAUCCCAGCUCCAGCCCUGGUCUUUCCUUUUCAUCCCUCUUCCCCACGACAGAAGCUGUGGCCCUGGCCAUGUCAUCGUGUUCCUGUGUCCCCCGCAUGUUUCCCACCCUCCAUUCCCUCCUUUUGCGCGGACCCCAUUACAAUAAAUUUUAAAUAAAAACUUG